AUGUCGCAGCCCGGUGCCGGCGCCGUCGCGGCGACAAAUCCCUCCCCUUCCCCUUCCCCGGCGCCCCCGCCGCCGGUGGUCGAGUGGCCCGAGGGCGGCGCGCUGACGCGGGGCUGGGCGGCGGCGCUGGCUUCGGUGGCGGAGGACGCGACGAAAUUAAGACUGCGUCCGCCGCCCGACAGCCUCAUCUUCCUGCCUGCCGGCUGUUUUGCUUGCCCAUGGGAGGAAGGACACGGAUGCACGGCCGUCCAGCGCUGCUGGCCACCUUCACGACUGAGUAGGCACCGCUGCCACCAGGAGCACUCUAUAUGCGCAGCUGAUAAAGCUCCCGAAGAAUCCCUCAAGAAGACCAUUGAAGUGGACAGGCUGAUUGAUAUGCUGAGGGAUGCAAAUCCUAGAGUGGUGGUGCACUGGAGCUGAAUCCUGGAGUUGCAACUUCUCAUGCCCUUCAAACUAUUUUUCGAGUUUUGUUUCUUGUAGGCCACAUGCCAUCCUAAUCAAAUCUCAAAGCUCGAACUGUGCAGUUGAAAGCUCGAAGCUGGCUGAUUACAAAUGGAGCAAUUCAAAUGUCAGAGUAUAAAGUUAAUCAAGUUAGAAUCAGAAAUAGAUGUGUGUUGUACUUUAAUGUGUGUGCUGGUUUUUGAUAG